AUGAAGACCUUCAGCCUCAUCGCCGCCUCCAUGGCCCUCCUCUCCGGCCUCGCUGCCGCCGACGACAAGACGACGUCCGUCUCGACCCUCACCAGCACCCGCACCGUGCUGCACGUCGUCACCGAGACGCACUACUCCAGCACCGAGAUCGAGACCUCGACCGAGCUGAUCCCCACCCCGGUCGUCGCCACCAGUGCCACCAACACGCCCGUGACCACUCCCAUCGUCUACUCGGCCGGCAACUCGAGCACUCCCAUCGGCACUGGCGGCUUCACCAGCAGCGCAAAGGCUACCGGCUCUGCCGCUGCCUCCGCCUCCGGCUCCUCGUCGCCCUCGUCGACCCCGGCCACCGGCGCCGCCUCGUCCCUCAGGAUCGAUGCCGCCGUCGCCGCCGUCGUUGCCGGUGCGGGCUACCUCCUCCUGUGA